GAUGGUCCACUGGGCAGGCCGUAUAGAGAAGGAGCUAGAGAAGGUGCUGCAGCUGGUGACUGGAGUUCAGCAGAUGAAAGCGAUAUACAGUGAGAAGAGGAGUCAGUUUGAUGUGAAGAGAAAUUCGCCCAAAGAACUCGUGGAAAAGGUCGCCCGCGACAUCGCCCGAUUGCUUGACAGCAAGGGCAGCGCCCUGAAGAAACUGGCCGAUGCCGCAGAGCAGCUACAGAAGGAACACACCUGGCAAGACAACAUCAAAGAGGAGGACAUUGAGUAUUAUGAUGCCAAAGCUGACUCUGACAACUCAGAUGAAGGAGAUGAAGAGAACCUGAUGAGGAACCCACAGUCACUGACACUAGAGUUUGUGGAAGAUCCAAACUUUAAAAAGAAGAUCAACUACUCCUACACCGCAGUGCAGAUCCCCACAGACAUCUACAAGGGCUCACCAGUGAUUCUGAAUGAACUGAACUGGACUCAGGCCUUAGAGAAAGUGUUUAUGGAGAACAGUCGUGAUGAUCCCUCUCUACGCUGGCAGGUCUUCGGCAGUGCCACAGGUGUCACCCGAUAUUACCCAGCCACUCCCUGGAAAGCCCAGGACAAGAUCGACUUGUAUGACGUGCGAAGACGACCUUGGUAUAUCCAGGGUGCCUCCUCUCCCAAGGACAUGGUCAUUAUCGUAGAUGUGAGUGGCAGUGUUAGUGGACUGACACUGAAGCUGAUGAAAACCUCUGUCAUAGAGAUGCUAGAAACUCUGUCUGACGACGACUACGUCAACAUAGCACGGUUUAAUGAGAAGGCCGACGCAGUGGUGUCCUGCUUUAAGACUCUGGUCCAGGCAAACGUGAGGAAUAAGAAGAUCUUUAAGAGAGAGGUGAUGCGGAUGGAGGCCAAGGGCACCACGGAUUAUAAAUCUGGAUUCCAGUUCGCCUUCGAACAACUUCUCAAUGAGACAAGUGCUCCGAGGGCAAACUGUAAUAAAAUGAUCAUGAUGUUCACAGAUGGAGGAGAGGACCGUGCUCAGGACAUUUUUGAGAAAUACAACUGGCCCAAUAAAACGGUUCGAGUGUUCACCUUCUCCGUCGGGCAGCACAAUUACGACGUCACUCCUCUGCAGUGGAUCGCUUGCGCCAAUAAAGGGUACUACUUUGAAAUUCCAUCUAUCGGAGCCAUAAGAAUUAACACACAGGAGUAUCUGGACGUCCUGGGUCGGCCCAUGGUACUGGCAGGGAACCGGGCCAAGCAGGUCCAGUGGACCAACGUUUACCAGGAUGCUCUGGGUUUGGGCCUUGUAAUUACUGGGACCAUGCCAGUUUUCAACCUCACUGCUGAUGGAAGCUCACAGAAUCAGCUUAUACUUGGAGUUAUGGGUGUGGACAUUGCUCUCAGUGAAAUUAAAAAACUAACACCACAGUAUAAACUUGGAGCAAACGGUUACACGUUUGCCAUUGAUCCCAAUGGCUACGUUUUGCUUCACCCAAACCUUCAGGAGCCUAAGAUCAUUAACUUCAGAGAGCCAGUCACGCUGGACUUCCUGGACGCCGAGCUGGAGGACAACAACAAAGAAGAGAUCCGCCGCCAGAUGAUUGACAGAAAGCCAGGACAGAGGAAAGUCAAAACCCUUGUGAAGUCUAUUGAUAAGAAGUACAUUGAUGAGGCUCUGAGGACAUACAUAUGGACCCCGGUGAACGGCACGGAUUACAGUCUGGCUUUGGUGCUACCCACUUACAGUGAGAACCACAUCAGAGCCAACCUUAGUGACCAGAUCCUCCAGGUCCAGUGUAAAGUAACAAGUGAUUUUGAGUCUUUGCUGCCGAGCAGUUUUGAAUCGGAGGGACACGUGUUUAUAGCUCCCAGGGAAUACUGCAAAGAUCUGGAACUUUCUGAGAACAACACGGAGUUCCUAAUGAAUUUCAUCUCUCUUAUGGAGAAGGUCACACCGGACUCGGAGCGCUGCGACAAAUUUUUGCUCCAUAAUCUGAUCCUGGACACUGGCAUCAUCAGACAGCUUGUGGAGAAAGUGUGGAAAACUAUGGACCUCAACACGUACGGAUUCUUGGCUGUCUUUGCAGCUACAGAUGGAGGAAUCACUAGAGUUUUCCCUAACAAGGCGGCUGAGACCUGGGUGGAGCACCCUGAGCCCUUUAACACCACAUACUAUCGGCGCAGCCUGGAUAAUAAGGGUUAUCUCUUCAGUGCUCCAUACCGCACCUCGAGCGACGACUUUUUCGGCACAGAGAAUGACACCAUGGGAAUUCUGGUGAGCACAGCUGUGGACAUCACUGUGGGCUCCAGAACCAUCAAACCAGCAGUGGUUGGUGUAAAAAUGGACCUUGAGGCCUGGACUGACAAAUUUAAAAUCCUUGCCAGUAACCACACAGACAGUCGUCAGGGCUCACAAAUGUGUGGACCAACCAGCGGCUGUGAGAUGGACUGCUGGGAAAAUACUGAUGACCUGUUGUGCUUUCUGAUCGACGACGGAGGAUUUCUUAUCAUGUCCAAUCAGAAGGAGCACAUGACUAAGGUGGGAAUGUUCUUCAGUGACGUGGACGAGUCCUUGAUGCACGCGCUGUACAACAACUCCUUUUUCAACCGCAAACAGUCCUUCGACUACCAGUCGCUGUGUCGCCCCACACUCAACACCAACACCGGGGCCGCGCCCAGAGGGGUGUUUGUGCCCACCAUAGCAGACUUCCUGAACAUAGCCUGGUGGACUUCAGCAGCAGCCUGGUCCCUCUUCCAGCAGAUGCUGUACGGAUUCGCCUACCAAAGCUGGUUUAUGACAGAUGAUGUGGAUGCAGAUGGCAUUGAGACCAGAGAGACGACAUGUGUAACCAUGCAGACACAAUACUACUUCAGCAAUAUCAGCAGUGGAUAUGAUAUACUUCAGGACUGUGGCAACUGCUCCAGACUAAUCCAUGCCAAGAGACUAAAGAACACUAAUCUGUUAUUUGUGGUGGCGGAGAAGUUGUCCUGUACCACGUGUGAGCUGGAGAAACUCACUCAGACCGACAUGGAAUAUGCUGAAGCAGACUCCUGUGCUGAAAUGAAUGUAGCUCGCUAUAGAAAAGGCCCGUCAACCUGUUUCGACUACAACGUCUCUGAAAACACCUCAGACUGUGGGCGGGGCCACUCUUUCCGUCCGUCGCUCCGUACUCUACUCCUCCUCCAGGCUCUCCUCCUCUCUUUAGUGGCUGGUCCCUACGUAUUGCCUUUCUCUCUUUAA